AUGUACUUGGCCACACCUACUUGGGCCCGGCCUGUCAAUCAAGACGCGCACGCACUACUGCAGGUGCAAAGCUGGGCAGGCUCCGGGGCUAACUAACUACUGCAGCGAAGCCGAUAAUAAAACAAGCAUUUCGAGAUGGCGUCUGCAAAUGCCACAUAUGGACAAAAGGAGUCCUCGGAUCAGAACUUUGACUACAUGUUUAAAAUCCUCAUCAUCGGCAACAGCAGCGUAGGCAAGACGUCCUUCCUCUUCCGCUAUGCAGACGACUCGUUCACGCCAGCCUUUGUCAGCACGGUGGGCAUCGACUUCAAGGUCAAGACCAUCUACAGGAACGACAAGAGGAUAAAGCUGCAGAUCUGGGAUACGGCCGGCCAGGAGCGCUACAGGACCAUCACUACAGCCUAUUACAGAGGUGCCAUGGGCUUCAUCCUCAUGUAUGACAUCACCAAUGAGGAGUCCUUUAAUGCCGUGCAAGACUGGUCCACUCAGAUCAAGACCUACUCGUGGGACAAUGCUCAGGUGCUCCUGGUGGGGAACAAGGUCGAUAUGGAAGAUGAACGGGUGGUGGCCACAGAGAGGGGCCGCCAACUGUCAGAACAGCUUGGUUUCGAGCACUUUGAAGCGAGCGCCAAAGACAACAUCAACGUGAAGCAAACCUUUGAGAGGCUGGUAGACAUCAUCUGCGAGAGGAUGUCCGAGACUCUGGACAACAACGACCCCACUGUCACCGGAGCCAAACAAGGGCCACAGCUCACCGAGCAGCCGCAAAGGUCCCAUCAGGACUGUGCUUGCUAAAUGCUUCUCUUACACACACAAACUCAUGCACUACAUCCGCUGUCGGGGAACCCAUAUAUGGUACGGUACAUGUUUUGAUUUCUCAUUUCAGUUGAUGUCACGUAAGCAUGCACAGAACGAGAGAGAGAGACACACACACACACAUCUGCACACAUACACAAGAGCUGACUGAUUAUUCCCACUUCCUUGUCGUAAACAGUCAAUUCCCAAAGAUUUCCUUUUUAUCAAUCUAUAUCAUUCUUACAGAAUAGUGCUAUUUUAGUCACGGGCCCUUCAACAUGCAAACAUUUCCAUGCCGCCCCCGACCCCCUCAAUACAUGUAGAUCACAAGUUUGCGCACAUAGAAUAAAAGAGUCGGUCGGUCCUCACUGUUGUUUAAAUUGGUCACGUCCGGACUCGAAAUUUACAUUCUCACCUUAAGUACAAAUGAAUGCAAAGUGUUCAACUUGUUGGCAUUAUCCUGUUGAGUAGUUUUAUUACCAAGUCAUUGGUCCAAGUGUUUCUAGAAUUAUGAAACUCUAUGAUGGAAGAAACAUUGAAUCCUGGCUAGUCAAAUGUCAUUUCACAUUUGUGUUGCAAGCUUUUUAACUGAACAAGGGAUAAAAAAAACACUACUUGUGAUGUGAAGUGCACAGCAGCGUUAGUUUUCAGUGCUGCAGCCCCUUCGUGCUGACCUGUUUAGCGUCAUCGAAUUUUUCCAGAGUUUUAACACUACAGAAGGCAUGGUACCAGGCAUGGGCUGAUAUCAGAUUCUGAUGGUGAGAUAACAUAAAACUGCAGGAUCACAGUAUUGCAGGUCCUGCUUUGAAAUGUAUUGUUUUGAAAUGUUUAGGUAAAUAUAUUGUACAUGCUUCGUGAAAAAAAAAAAAAAGAUUUUUUUACUAAAUGAAAUUAAAGUAUAAUGCAAAGAUACUUAUUUCUCAUGACAGUGGGACACGGAAGGGCCGAGUCACUUUGCCUGUGAUAUAACUCAGAAAAAAUAUAUAAGUGAAUGGUUAAUAUCGGUGAUGGACAGUUUAUUGGUUUUGAAAUAAGGAUUUUUCCAACCACGGUAUACUUUGACCUCUGUACCGGCCCAUGCUUACAUGGUAAAGGAUAUCCUCCUCACACCAAACGAAGGAAAUUGGCCUUUCAAAUCCUUUCUGUGCCUCUUCCCGUCUUUCAGCCUGCUAUUGUGGCCACUUUUGCUUUGUGUCAUCGACGGGUUACCGCAGGAAAACUCACAGAAAGGUGUCGAAAUCUCCCGAAAGCCCAAUGUCCCUAACUUUUUGUGAGUAGUUUAUAAAAUGAGUAUGUCGAUCUUUUAAAAGUAAACAUAGCUGCGCUUUUCAAGGUGCAUAUAAACACGGAAGUAAGAUCCAAAAGAUUUCUAAUGGCUUCUGUCGCGCACCGUGCUUUAAGGUGCAUGUUGUUGGUGUUGCUGGUUGACCGGAUCGUUCUUGGUUUUGACAUCUGACCCACGUGUCAGUUGUUAGUGCGUUGAUAAUUUUCAUCUUUCACUAAGAACAUUCCAGCACCAUCAGAUUCCACUAAAUGUUUAUUUGGGGAGGUGAUAUGGUUUUUUUUUUCCCCCCAGCAUGUUCACUGUUGAAACUUGAAUGCCCUUUGUGUGUUUACUAUACAUGCGUUCAUUGAUGUGCUGAGGUAUAUAAGACUAUGGUGACACUUAUAUUCUACUUUUGUAUUAUUUAUAACUAUUUAUUUUUACUGUGUUCUAAUCUGCAUCUCCUUUCUCACCCUCCUAGCUUUUUCUGUUUGAAACAUGUCGGUGUUUACAACCUCAUAAGGAGAGUAAAACAUUCCAGUCGUUUGGUGCGCAGCCUAUUUGUCUUCUCCAUAUCAGUUGUGUAACUUUUAAAGACAUGACAGUGUAACAGCAGACUGUUCUCACAGAGCAAUAAGAGGUCCUGUUUUAUCUCGCCGACACCCAAAUAUCAGCAACACGAGUCUGCUGAUGGGUUUCACACGUGCCCUAAAAUACGAGGGUGUAAGCAGUGUACCGAGCUCUAAAGAAUCCAAAUAAAACUAGUUUGUCUUGCCGUGGCAGUUCUUUCCAAAAGUCAGUAAACUGAAUACGUUGAAAUCAUAUUCACCUCCCUCUCCCAAUCAUUCUUUUGCUAUGGCUGUAAACGUACAUAUGACUCAAGAACAACUUGUAAAUAGCUGUUUUCUGCCCGCCUGGUAUUAGUUGUGUGAAUUGUGCUGUAAUAUUGUGAUGCCAGAUUUGCGCAAAUGAAAGAUCAAUAAAUAAAUGCUAGCUGCUGAA